GAGCUUUCCACGCUGACCGGCACUCAAGUCCUGCUGCUGGUGGCCAGUGAGACGGGCCACGUGUACACGUUUGCCACACGGAAGCUGCAGCCCAUGAUCACCAGUGAGACGGGGAAGGCGUUGAUCCAAACGUGCCUCAACUCCCCAGACUCGCCCCCGCGCUCGGACCCAACCACUGACCAGCGCAUGAGCGCCACGGGCUUUGAGGAGACGGACCUCACCUACCAGGUGUCCGAGUCGGACAGCAGUGGGGAGACCAAGGACGCACUGAAACCAGCGUUCACUGUCACCAACCUGCCGGGGACAACGUCCACCAUCCAGACAGCCCCCACCACCUCAACCUCCAUGCAGGUCAGCAGUGGCCCGUCAUUCCCCAUCACUAAUUACCUGGCGCCAGUGUCUGCCAGCAUCAGCCCCAAUGCCGUCACCAGUGCCAACGGGACAGUGCUGAAGACUACUGGAGCCAGUGCAGUGACAUCUGGGGGCCUCAUGCCGAUACCCACCGGCUUCACCCUCAUGUCAGGUGGUACCAUGGCUCAGCAGGUCCCAGUCCAGGCAAUCCAGGUGCACCAGGCACCGCAGCAAACGUCUCCCUCUAGCGACAGCAGCACUGACCUUACCCAGACCUCUUCCAGCGGAACAGUGACCCUCCCGGCAACCAUCAUGACGUCGUCUGUGCCAACCACGGUGGGUGGCCACAUGAUGUACCCCAGCCCACAUGCGGUGAUGUACGCGCCGACAUCUGGCCUUGCAGACGGUGGACUUGCAGUCCUCAACGCUUUCUCACAGGCGCCCUCAGCGAUGCAGGUGUCCCACGGCCAGGUCCAGGAUCAGGGUGGCGUCCCCCAAGUGUUCCUGACAGCCCCAUCAGGCACCGUUCAGAUCCCAGUCUCGGCUGUCCAGCUUCACCAGAUGGCUGUCAUCGGGCAGCAGAGCAGCAGUGGCAGCAGCCUGACGGAGCUGCAGGUGGUCAACUUGGACACCUCACACAGCGCCAAGAGUGACUGAGAGGCCUCUGCUGCCGGCCUUGUGCUUUCCCUGGCUUGUCCUGCCGGUGCCGGGGCUGGUGGCAAUUCCUUCUCGUACAGACUGCACCAGUUAUUUAUUGUUGCCUUUUCACGUUUCCUUCAUCCACACAUGCACACACACACACACGCACCCACCCACCCACACACACACAUACACACAAGCAUGCGCGUGGGGCUGCAGGACCCACCUGGGAUGGAGCUGUGCUGGGGCC